AAGAUUCCUCCGCCCGCCAUAUAAAUACAGAGGGAGGACGCGCCGCCGCCGAAUUAUAGCAAGUCGGUCGAGGUGGUGUGGAGAGCGGCCAUGGGGAAGGACUAUUACCGCACCUUGGGCCUGGCCCGUGGAGCCUCCGAGGACGAUAUUAAGAAGGCGUAUCGCAAACAGGCGCUGCGCUACCAUCCCGACAAGAACAAGGAUCCCGGCGCUGAGGAGCGGUUCAAGGAAAUCGCCGAGGCGUACGACGUACUCAGCGACCCCAAAAAGCGCGAGAUUUUCGACAAAUUCGGCGAAGAAGGACUAAAGGGAGGCGGUCCCAGCUGCAGUGGAGGAGGACCCAAUGGCACUUCAUUUACCUACACCUUUCAUGGAGACCCUCAUGCCAUGUUUGCAGAGUUCUUCGGUGGGCGCAAUCCUUUUGACACAUUUUUUGUGCAGAGGAAUGGAGAUGAAGACAUGGACGUUGAUGAUCCUUUUUCAAAUUUUCAAAGCUUUGGCUUUACUCGCGGUCGUGGAGGCCAAGAAAACAUGCGCAAAAAACAAGAUCCUCCUAUUAUUCAUGACUUACGAGUAUCCUUGGAGGAGAUUUAUACUGGGUGCACCAAGAAAAUGAAAAUUUCUCAUAAGCGUCUGAAUACAGAUGGGAAAACCACACGUAAUGAAGAUAAGAUCUUAACGAUUGAAGUGAAGCGUGGAUGGAAAGAAGGAACAAAGAUUACUUUCCCCAAAGAAGGAGACCAAACGCCAAACAACAUUCCAGCUGAUAUUGUCUUUGUUUUAAAGGACAAGCCACACAGCGUUUUUAAGAGAGAUGGAUCUGAUAUUAUAUACCCAGCCAAGAUCAGCCUCCGUGAGGCUCUGUGUGGUUGUUCCGUGAAUGCUCCAACGCUCGAUGGUAGGACCAUACCCAUGUUAUUCAAAGAUGUCAUUAAACCUGGAAUGAAGCGAAGAAUUCCUGGUGAAGGGCUUCCAUUUCCCAAGGAAGUAAACAAGCGAGGGGAUCUUAUUAUUGAGUUUGAAGUAAAAUUCCCGGACAGAAUUCCACAGGCUUCAAAAAAUGCCCUUGAACAGCUCUUGCCAAUAUAAUGAGACUGUGAAAACUGGGCUGAAAUGCCUUCAUAGCCGAGGAUUUUAUACUGUUAUCAGGAUUUCAGGGUCUCUUGGCAGAAGAGUGGGAGAGUAACUUCAUGUUGCUACAGGUUUUCCAGAGAGUCCAAAUCUUGCAAGUUGCAUAUGCACUCAUCAGUGAUUCUAACUUUAUGUUGUCAUUGCUUGAAGCAUUUAUACCAGUUAGCAGCUGCGAUGGAAAGAGUUGGCAGAACAUCUCAUAAGGAUGACAACCAGUCACAAUUUACUGCCUUCAUUUGAUUGGCUCGUCCUAUUUAGGGCAUGUCGUAUAGAACUUCCACUGGAAAGAAUAAGUCUCAAACUUAAAACUGGACUUCAUAGUAAACUUCUCCAACCUCUUCCCUCUGCUGUACUGUGUUAUGUUCUGUACCAUUCUACAUUUAAAUCUUUUAUAGUGGUGUAUAUUUGAUACUACUUUAGCCUAUUUUCUCAUUGCUCUGAGAGGUGUCAUUCCUAAAUAGUGCCAUGCACUGAUUUUCCUGAGAUGGAAAUUUGCCCUUUUAGAAAGGGAAGUGCAAUUCAUCUUUUUCUAUUAACCCUGCAGUACCCUGGCUAGUUGCAAAAUUUCAUGAAGGUGUUUAUGGGUUUUUUAAUUGAAACUAUAACAUGUUGUCCUCUGCGCUCUUAGGUCAGUACAGUACGUUAUUUGGCCUAUUCCAAAGAGCUGGUGAAAUAUCACAGUGCCGUAUUUUGAAGGCUUACUUAAAUACACAUUUUGUGGGGCUUGAUUUUUUACAAAAGAAAGCACAGCUCCAGGUUUCUUUUUUAGUAAAAACAACCCCCUAUGUUAAAUUGAUUUUAAAAAUACCGAUAGAACUACUGCAAAUGAAGGUAAAUUGAAGUUAGACUUGAGUGGUUGGUGGAAAGAUCUUGAAACCAAGAAAUAAAACAAAGAUACUAGAGUAAUCAUAGUAGACCAUGUGAAGGAUUUGUUUUGAAAAUGCUAAGCAUCUUGUCCAAGUAAAGGCUAAAGAUGGAAUCUAUUAAUAUGUUCCAGAAUUCAAAGGUGGUCUCCACUGAACUUAAAGAUUCCUUGCUUCUAUGGUCUCCACAUGUACUCUAAGAUAUCUGAGCCUAAAGGAGGAUUAGGUUGGUAUUCUUGACAAGCAGGUACAAAGCUGAGAUUAUUGUAGUCGGUGCAGGCCAGUUUCUUCUGUAAAACUGAUUUCCUAGUGGCAGAACUUUUAACAAGUAACAAUGGUCACCUCACUACAGAAUUCUCAGUUAUGGUAAAAUAUUUCAUAAAGCACCUGUGUAUUUUUGAAAGGACUUUAUGGGCAUGUGAGAGUCUAAAAGAAUCUUGCUCUUUAUGCCUAAGAUUGUAGGUAUUGUUUUGGACCUAUAAAAGUCCUUGUUCUUUUUGAUACUGAACAGGCAUGUGAGAGAAAUGGCCAUAGAAAUUAUUACUCUAUAUAGACAUCUCUUCAGACGUAGCCAUCUUCUGGUGGUUUCUCAGACUCCAGAAAUAACGAUUUCCUUGAGUAUCCAAGUUAAACCUUACCAUUAUAAUUUUUCCUUGUUUAUCUUUUUGUCACAUGUACUUUCUGAACCUCUUUCACCUGAACAUUUUUCAUGGUUUUGAUGGGUUUGUACAUAGAACAGAAUUGUCCAGUUGGCAGCUAGAUGGAGCAUUUUGAAUGUUUAGUGCCUUUCACAGAUAAGUCUUAGUAACCUUUACAAUGACUCUGUAAGGUAAAUAAGGCAGGUUCAGUUAAGAGUACUGGUUUAUCUAAAAAAGAUUCUGGGGUGCUCAUGGCUUAGAUGAGAUUUAAACCAGGAACUCAUUAGCUCACCAUCUUAACUGAUAUGGUCAACCAGCUCUUUAUCAAUGGGUUUCUUUAUAUCCAUCUUCUAGCAAUAGCCCAGGAUGUAUUUAGGCUUGGGGAAUAAAAUUCACCCAUUAAUUUGUAGAUUCCUUAGCACAAUGACAGCCAUCCUAAUGAAAGUAUCAAGUCAAUAGUUUCUUCAUAGACGGGAGUCAGAGCAAUAAUAAGCUUUCUUGGCUAAUUUGUAGCAGUUCUUUUAUGGAAAGCAAUUACCACAUGCAAGAGACUGCUGUAGGUAAUUACCUACUUGUGCUCCUAAUACUUCCAAGACUAGGCCAAUCUGAUCCUGUAUUUAGACAGGUAGAGAUUGAGGGAUAAAAUAAUGCAAACCUUUAAAAAAAUGUAUCAUUCCUACCGUUGGAGUUCAUGUGCAUAAAGUAAGUACUGUGGGGUAGGGCUGUAGGAUUUGAACAAGAGCACCAAAUGUGGGGAAAACUUACCUGAACAACUAUUUUGGCCAUAUGAAAAGAAGUAUGAAAUUGUGUCCAACAAAUGGGCCUGUGAUACAGAAAAAAUUGUGUGGGCUUUAGGUUUGUCUUGUGUAACAAAUGUAACUAUAUAUUUUGCUGCAUGAGUGUAUGUACUCGGAAACUGGCCAGUUGUGGCUUACUAGUGCAUGUGUGUACAGUGAAAUAGAUGUAUGUGUGUUUUUCGUA